CACAAGGCGUUGCCUGAGAAGGUUGAUAAAGGCUAUACAACCCCUUCUCUUCCUACUUCCUUAGCCAGGCUCCAGCAGGUAGAUUCAAAGGUUUCUUGUAGGAUAGAAGUCCCUGCCUCAGCAGGUGCAGAGAGCUCUUGCAGCUGGGCUGGGCUGGGUGUGGCACUCUCCCUGCCCACUUCUACAACCUGGGGCAGGAAAAAAAAACCUGUGGGUGCCUCUGACCACAGCAGAGCUCAGAGAAUCUGCGGGAGCCAGCUGAGCCGCCAGCAUGGUAGAGUUCGCGCCCUUGUCUGUGCCGUGGGAGCGCAGGCUGCAGACCUUCGCCGUCCUGCAGUGGGUCUUCUCCUUCUUGAUGCUGGCUGAGAUCUGCAUUGCGGGCUUCAUAGCCCUCCUGUUUACAAGAUUCUGGCUCCUCAGUGUCCUGUAUGCGGUCUGGUGGUACCUGGACAGAGACAAGCCGCGGCAGGGGGGUCGGCGCAUCCAGGCCAUCAGGUGCUGGACCAUAUGGAAGUACAUGAAGGACUAUUUCCCCAUCUCGCUGGUCAAGACUGCUGAGCUGGACCCCUCGAGGAACUACAUUGCGGGCUUCCACCCCCAUGGAGUCCUGGCAGCAGGAGCCUUUGCCAACCUGUGCACUGAGAGCACCGGCUUCUCUUCCAUCUUCCCCGGGAUCAACCCCCAUCUGAUGAUGCUGACCUUGUGGUUCCGGGUCCCCUUCUUCAGAGAUUACAUCAUGUCCGCAGGGUUGGUCACAUCAGAAAAGGAGAGUGCUGCUCACAUUCUGAGCAGGAAGGGUGGUGGAAACUUGCUGGGCAUCAUUGUAGGGGGUGCCCAGGAGGCCCUAGAUGCCAGGCCUGGAUCCUUCACGCUGUUACUGCGGAACCGGAAGGGCUUCAUCAGGCUCGCUCUGACACACGGGGCACCGCUGGUGCCAAUCUUCUCCUUCGGGGAGAAUGACCUAUUUGACCAGGUUUCAAAUUCUUCUGGCUCUUGGUUGCGCUGUAUCCAGAAUCGGUUGCAGAAGAUCAUGGGCAUCUCCCUCCCACUGUUUCAUGGCCGUGGUGUCUUCCAGUACAGUUUUGGUUUAAUACCCUACCGCCGGCCCAUCACCACUGUGGUGGGGAAGCCUAUCGAGGUACAGAAGACGCUGCAUCCCUCGGAGGAGGAGGUGAACCAGCUGCACCAGCGCUAUAUCAAAGAGCUGUGCAACCUCUUCGAAGCCCACAAGCAUAAGUUCAACAUCCCUGCUGACCAACACUUGGAGUUCUGCUGAGCACCUCCAGCCAGAGGGCAGGGCCAACAUCAGGGAGGCCAGCAGGAGGUGCUGUGCUCUGAGGAGACAUCCUGGAGGUAUUUGUUGAACAUACCUGCAGAGCCUUCCCAGACUCCUACCAAUCCAACCCAUGCCAGGCUGUGAGUCACAGCGGGCAACUCAGAAGAGGAGAUCAGACUCUGGCACUGCAAUCUGCACACCUGCUGCAAGACCUCUGCAAGCCUCCUGCUCCUUGGCUUCUGUCUGCUCAUCAGUGAAAUGGGAGAGAGGGCUGGAAGAGAAUGGUUUCUGAGGUCUCUGUUCUCUGUUGUAAUGCCAUUCAAAUAUUAUAAAAGGAAAUGUAAGGGAAAAAAGAGAACAGCAAGGUUUUUAUUUCUCUGGCCUUGAGUAGCAGCACAAAAGAAACCACCAGCUCCAGUCCCUUCUCCUACAAGCCCCGUCAUCCUGCACCUCAUCCUUCCCUCCCACCCUCAAAGUCUGCUCUCUGCCCUAAAUCAGACUUCUUUUGUACCAGGUCUUCUCUCUCCACGCUGGAGAGGAGGGGUGGCCAGUAAGCCCCUGUACUCACCCUAGGUAGCUUCAAGUUUCUGAGUUCUCUGGGUGAUGGAGCGGCAGCCAGAGGUACUCAGAAGGUGGAUAGGGAGGACUGUGCUCUGUUACCAACUGGCUGUAUGACUGUGGGCAGGCCUCUUUUCCCUCCCUCUGAGCCUCAGUUUCCCCAACUGACUCUGAAUCUCAGCUCUGACAUUACAUAGGCUGAGGGCUCCAUAGGGCACCUCUUACUCACCCUUUGUAACUUCAGCCCCUGGCCUUGGCACAAAAAAAGGGAGCUCCGUAAAUGUCAGUUCAAUAAAUGAGAGAAUUGCCGGGCGCGGUGGCUCAAGCCUGUAAUCCCAGCAC